AUGUCUCUGGGAAUAUCAUUAUCGCAGCUUAUCGUGGACAGCUCAGAUCCAGUGGCAAGUGGUAUCCAAGGGCUCGAUGAAGCAGUUGAAGGGUUCCAACCGCGUGCUAUCUACGAGAUCUUUGGUCCACCGGGCAGUGGGAAAACAAGACUAGGACUUCAAAUGAUGAACAUCCAAGCCAAGAAAGCGAAAAAAGUAUUGUGGAUCGACACUCACAAGACUUGCUCACUAGAGCAAUUGAACAAUGCUGACUCGAUCUGUUAUGGCCGCGUUCAACGGUUUUCACACUUAGUUUACAUGUUUCAAGAACUGGGCGAAGAAUAUUCACUGGUCGUCAUCGAUGGAUUCUCGCAACUUGUCACAGACUAUUUGAAUUCAAAUUUAAAGCGGGUACGCUCAGACUCGAUGCAUUCGUUCAAGAACAAGAAUCUGACUACGAUUUUAACGCUUUUGACCAAAUACGCCCAUACUCACAACUCUACGGUUGUUUUACUGAACGACGCAAUGAAUACUAGUUUCCAAGAAAACGCUGACGAACGGUUCGUAGCGUAUAGCGAGGAGUCCCAUUUUUUGGUUCGAUCUGCUCGGAGAUCGAACGUUCAAGUGCUAAAGAGUGCUUUAGUGGCCAACGCUGGCGUUGGCAACAAAGACAAUUUAUGGGAAGUCUUCAUAAGACGCCGCAUUGGCCUGUUCUGGGACUGGAUUCCGGCAACGUCUAGGAAGUCGCCCCCCUCCCGAUGUCCAAAUAAGACAAGGGUCGCCAUAGUAUUUGAUCUAGCCCACAAAAAUGAGACUGGAGCCCAAAGAAUUGUAAAGUUUGUGAUAAACGAUGCCGGUCUUGCCGGUCUUGCCGGCGAUGGCGGCGAUGGCGGCGAUGCCGUAAAAUCCUCUUUUGAGGUGCUCAGUACACUGCCUGAACCAGUCCGACCCAGUCCAACACCCGAAAAUCCUCCCGAGAGCAACUCGCAUAACAAGAGACUACGUUUGAAUCUGUCGUCCACUCCGAAAUUCCAGCUGUAUACUAGCAUAUGCACGGCAGAUCCCCGUGUAUCUUCGGAAGGCACGCAACAGCAACACCAGGACCAGGAGGACCCUGACAUCGUCUACGACAGCCAGACAUAG